AUGGGGAGCUUCAUCGGUCACGCAGUGCCUGGGUCUAUAUUUCUGUUCCUUUCCAUCUGGUCCUUCAUCGGAACUCUUAUUCGAAAGCAUCAGAACACGAAACCUAGACGAGGUUUGCUUCGCUCAAGCGGUACAACGUGCGCGAGAUUAAAAACCCACGCACCUGUCUGGUACCCAUGUCCCGGAAAGACUCUUUCGAAAAUUCCACUGGAACCCAUUUUAAAGGUGCUCUGUGCGUUUGUGGGGGUUCUCGGGGAGCUUUUCUUGCACCAGUCAUGGAGACUGAUCGGCAAAAAUGGAGAAUUCGUGGAAGACAACAUCAAUAAUCAUAGCCAUGCCGCUAUGUAUUGUUUCUUCGGCCUCUCUGGUGUGGUUGAUCUUGUGAUGUGGUAUGGUAUAAUUCCUCUACCGCCGAUGACUGACUAUGUGAUCGUAUCAGCGAGUUUCUGGAUUGAAGGAUUUCUCUUCUAUUUUCACCUUCAAGGCCAUUCAGAAAUAAGUGUCCGCUUACACGUCAUUCUCUACAUCGUGAUUUUCAUCACAGCGGCCUUGUUUCUCGCUGAUGUCUUUUUUACGCAACAUCAUUCAUUGUUCUCGCUAAUAAGGGCUGUUUUGAUAGCUGUGCAAGGGUCUUGGUUUUACCAAAUUGCUUUUGUUCUAUAUGGCCCUAACCCUUGGAAAAACACUCCAAAAAAUGUUGAAGUGUUGCCGAUCGCUUUCGCGUGGCAUUUGUUUAUUUUCUUAACUCUUUCCUUCGUGUUCGUUGCCGUGUUUAAUCGAUUCUGCGGGAAAAAAUAUACUCGAGAUAAUCAAUUAGAUGAGGAGAUCUCGGACGAGGAGACAGAAGACAUUCCUUUGAAAAGUACCUAA